CACUUAUAUGCAUUGCCAAGAUCAAGUCAACUCUAAGUUUGCUAACAUUUAUUUGGAAUUAAUCAUGUUUUUGGCAAGAGUGUACAGUAAAAUUGUUUUGAUAUUUGUUUUACAUUUAAUGUAAGGGUAUUCCAAGUUAAUUAAAGUAACUUAAAACAAUGAGAGUGAAUGUCAGUGUACGGGAUUUAAUUCCUUCUGUAAUAAUGGUUUUGUGUGUUUUAUGCUGUUUCAAAACCCAGGUCGCCAUCGAUGCACCAGAGCAGGUUUUUGAGGCUUGUUACGGAACCACCACCGAUGACUUUCUGGAACCUAUCUGUAACAGCACUGAAGUUCUCUACAUCCGGGACGUUUAUACAUUUGUCAAACCAGACUCUUACGCAUGCCCACAAACAUCCACGACAACCAAUCGGAACGAUUCUUUUUGCUGUCACUAUAACAACGACACGACGGAUUGUGGGUGGCGCUAUUAUGGUGAUGCCUAUAAAGGAGUGCACUACACGAACUGCGUGGGGCUUCCAACGUGUAAAGUUAAUGUAGCCUGGAACGGAACAAACGAGAACUGUAAUCAGGGCAUUUUCAUGUCGAAAACAAACUACAUGAGACAGUUUUUCCACUGCAUUAAAAGUUCUUUGAUAUCAAAUAUUUGCCAUGCAUCAGUGAACACGGGGAAUCAGUUAUACGUAUGGAACGACGGGUAUCCUGCUACAUCCGCCGACUGCGCAGCUUCCUCUGGUUGCGUCUGUUCCGUUUCCGCCUCCAAAGGUUCAUCUAUUCACGUUGAGCUGUUGGACCUGCGCUUACAAGAAGCAGCCAAUGGUACAUGUUACCAAAGACUGGUUAUAUCUGAAGGAGCAUUAGAAACUUCCAUUAACUGUGAUAAAAAGAAUGAAUUUUCGUUGACAUCUAUUUAUACUAGCCAAUCGGAUUCAUUGAGUAUUAGAUACGACAAUACACAUGCUGGAAGCGGUGGAAACUUCUGGAUUUCUCUGCAAGCAAUAGAUAGUACCUCCCUUUUGACCAUGACGUGUGGUAAUUCAUCCGCCGUAUAUUCGUGUGGAGAAUCGCUUCCUCCGUCUCUAACAGCAUCCACAACUGAUUUUUCAUCAAAUACCACGACCAAUAUUCCCGCCACUGCUGAUACGAUAACAACAUCAAAUACCACGACCAAUAUUCCCGCCACUGUUGAUACGAUAACAACAUCAAAUACCGCGACCAAUAUUCCCACCACUACUGUUACAAUAACAACAUCAAAUACAACGUCAUUUAACACAGCUUUCGCCACCAAUGCAAACAUGGGUCAGUCUAAAUCAGAAGAUUCUUCUGACUCAGACAAAUUGGGGUUGGUCGCCGGUUUAGUCGCCGGGGCUUUGCUGCUUGCUGUCAUUGCGGUCUUAGCUGGCGGUCUCAGAUAUCGUUUCCGAAAGAAUAAAGUCAAUAUCAACGAUGAAUACUCGGAACAUUUUGGGACUUUGAAAGAUGCCAAAAACAUCGCUCCAGUAGGCUACAGGCAAAUGGAUUAGGCGAAUAUCUACCACAGGAUCAUAUACCGUGCUACAUCAAACAUGCAGCUGGACUACAGUUGAAAACCUACUACAGGAAUCUGUUAGGCUACGGGUAGCUGGUAUAGAUUUCUCAAAACUCUCCAACCUAAGUUUGAAUUUUCUUUUAUUUGAGCAGUAAAAAUUUGAGUUCAGUCUAAUAUACUUAAAUCAAAUUUCAAGUCACAUGUAAAUAUGACCUUGACAUUUUUUCUAUUUGGAAUGUCAUGAAAUCAUGUCAUCAUCGAGCUGAAGAUGUAUAAGGAGUGAUUGAUCUUCAAGCUGAAAACCUAAACAUUUUAUUGCUCAUCCGCCAAACGCUCGCCAAUAAGUAACUAUUACUGUGUCUUUCGGAUUCGACCUUAAAAAUCAUAACUACAUUGGAGAACUGGUACAAACUCGCACUGCUGUGGGUAUGAACACUAAGCAUUGGUCUUAAUUUGUGGUACUUUACAACAGCUUGUGUUGUCUCAUUACAAACGAAACGGUGAAAAUAACGAAUAGUGUGGACUAUCGGCAAAAACUUGCUACAUCGGGCUUUAGGCGACAAUUUACUACCGCAGUCCAUCGUGAUGCUACUGUGUAAGGGAUAUUUGCUCCGCUCAUCGAUCACAAAAAAUGUACUCGCACUGUGUACAUACGAACCGGUUCUUCAAUUUAAAAGUUGCAUGGUUACAAAAUGUUUAAAAACACAGUAUUCUUCUUCAGACCGGUUCGUAUGUACAGUUUGUAUGAUGAUACAGACUUACCAAUGAAGUAUCAUUAAACAUGUGUUAUUAUAUAAUCAUCAUAUCGACUUAGUAAGAGUACAAAAGAGUACAUAUUUGUAUUUAGAAAGUCAAGGCAGAAAUAGUAUAAUCCAGAUACCAUAUUUUUACAGCUUGCAAUUUUCCUCGAUUAAUUCGUUUUAAGACCAGUUUGAAUGAGUUUACGGAGGAUCAAAUCAGGAUAUUUUCAGCUAAUUUUACUUUAAUAAUCUAAAGCUAAUUGUAUAUAGAAUUAUGUGUAAUUGUUUGCGAUCUCUAGAGGUGUUCAAGAGGGAGAAUAUUUACGUGCAACGUGGAUUACCAAUUUGAUUGUCUUUAUCAUGGUUUUUAUUUAUUUAUUUUAUCUCUCCCCCCCCCCCCCCGAAAAUAUAGGCUUGGUUGGGAAUGGAGAAGUAUUUGGGGGACCAUGCAAAAACUAGAAGAGAGAGAGAGAGAGAGAGAGAGAGAGAGAGAGAGAGAGAGAGAGAGAUUUGAAAUUCCAUGUCGCGUCUAAUACAAAAAAUGAGAGAGAAAGAGAGAUGAAAUGCUACGUCUUGUGUCUAAAAAGACGAGAUACAUCUACAUGGAGAGAGAGAGAGAGAGAGAGAGAGAGAGAGAGAGAGAGAGAGAGGGUGUGUAGCCCACAUAAUACAUGUACCUGUCCAUCUCAAUCAUGCUCCUGUAUUUGUUGUUUUAUACCGCCCGUCUUUCUUCACAGUGUUCCUAUGUAUUAUACAUGCAGUGUCCUAACUUAUUCAAUGGAUAUAUUAAACAGAUUCAGAGAUAAAA